AUGCCGAACAGCUUGCGUUACUCGAUAGCUUCACUGGACCUGGCGUCACUUUAUUGUGAUGAAAUAGACAUGGCUGAAGUGGAUGUGAAAGUGAUGAAGGAUCGAGCAAAGGCCGAAACAGUCUUACGGAAAGAUCUGAUCAGCAGCUUUUGCAAAUUCAAUGCCAUGGUCAGCUUGGAUGAUUUCUCAGAGGACCCAGAGAGUGAUGGAUACGUGGAUACUGUGAGAAAAAUCCUUAAUCACUAUGAAGCUGCACAGCAUGAUAUCACCGUUGACCUCAGAGCAUUUCAAUCGACCAUCGGAACUUUGAUUCCUGAAAAAGAAACAGCAGAGAAUCAGAAAAUCAAGAACGUAAUUGGCAAAAAUCAAAAAGAAUCGCGAUCAGCUGGUACAUCUGACGUUGUUGAUUCACACAAGAAGACAAGUAGUUCCUGGUGGAACCUCAGCAGCAUAGAGGAGACGUCCAAGAGCUCUAAGGAAUCAAAGAGCAGUCGACAAAAUGAGAAUGGUUUGACGAAGAAGGUAAGAUCGAGAAAUGCAAUUCGGGAUAAUAUGGUUGCCACCCGCGACACAUUGGUCGAAUUCGAGGCCAACAUCGCCUGCGAAGAAACGCCCAAGCCACGCAACAGAAAGAAGCUAAAAAGCAAGUCCAGGUCAUUAGGUAGUCCCGUUGACGUCAGUGGUGGCGAUGCAGGAACCAACAAGCAAAAGAAGAAGAAGCACCACGGUAGCGAUGAAGACGGAUCGUCCAAGAGAUCAAAAGGCAGUGGUGGUAGAAGAAAGAAGCAAGGAAUGAGAAAGUGCAGUUCUGGCGAUAGACUGGACAUUGAUGCGCUCGUGACAGGCAGACAACAACAUCAGUCCAAGCAAAAGUCCAGAUCCAAUCCUACCGUCAACAUGAAUAUCCCCUCUGAGAUAUUUGCUGACGUCAUUUCCGCCCCCAAGGCCAACUUUUCAUGGGACAAUCUUCGAGGAGGAGUGAAAGGAAAACGCCGAAAGCAGCAGCACCACCAGCCAUACAAGCCGCAACAAACUGUCUUGUACUCAAGCACCAAGAAUGGAGAAGCAGAGGAGGCUGUCGUUGUCAAGGUUUAUCUCGACGAUGGUUUGGUCCCAUUCUAUGACAUUAAACUGACUCACAGUGGAAAGGAGAAGCAGACGACUGUCGCUCAUUUGUCAGCUUUGACAUCUAAUUGCAGCAACAACCGACUGCAAAGGUGCAGAAGUCUAGGCGCGGCGACUGCUGCUUGUGGACGUGCUGCUCGUGAGGAUGUUGGUCAUUUGUCAGCUUUGAAAUCCCGCAAAAGCAACAACCGACUACCAAGACGCAGAAGUCUGGUCGCAGCGGGGCGUGUUGCUUGUCGUGCGGAUGCCAGUCCGGUAUCCGUGCGGCGACGACGACCCACCAAAAAGCAGCCUACUGCCAGCAGCAGUGCCCCCAAUCUCCACGAUAGCCCGAGUCCCAUGCGACAAAAGUUAUCGAACGUCCGGUCUCCAGGGACCUUGCGCAAGGCCUAUCGUUAUCUGUAA